GUGCAGUAGAGAGAGUAAAGAAAAUUAGAGACUACGCCUUUGUGCACUUUAAUAAAAGAGAAGAUGCGGUGGAAGCCAUGAAAGCCUUGAACGGGAAGGUGCUGGAUGGGUCCCCGAUCGAGGUGACCUUAGCCAAACCCGUCGACAAAGACAGCUAUGUCAGAUACACCCGGGGCACGGGUGGCAGAGGUUCUAUGCUGCAAGGAGAAUACACCUACGCCUUCGGACACCUGUACGACCCCGCCACCGCCUACCUGGGCACCCCGGUUUUCUACGCACCCCAAGCCUACGCGGCCAUCCCCAACCUCCACUUUCCUGCCACCAAGGGGCUCAGCAACAGGAGCAUCAUCCGGCCCCCGUCCAUCCGAGAAAUUUACAUGAAUGUACCUGUAGGGGCUGCGGGAGUUAGAGGACUGGGAGGUCGUGGCUACCUGGCAUACACGGGCCUGGGGCGCGGAUACCAGCUCAAAGGAGAAAAGAGGGGAGAGGAUAAACUCUACGACCUCUUGCCAGGAAUGGAGCUCACGCCGAUGAAUCACGUCACGCUAAAGCCCCAAGGGAUCAAACUCGCUCCUCAGAUCUUAGAAGAAGUCUGCCAGAAAAACAACUGGGGACAGCCCGUUUACCAGCUCCACUCUGCAAUUGGCCAAGACCAAAGACAGCUCUUUCUAUACAAAAUCACCAUCCCUGCCCUCGCCAGCCAGAACCCCACCAUACAUCCCUUCACACCGCCCAAGCUCAGCGCCUACAUCGACGAAGCCAAAACCUACGCAGCAGAAUACACCCUUCAGACGCUGGGGAUUCCCACAGAGGGAGCAGAGGUGCCUACUGCAGCGCCAGCUUUUCCAGGAUAUACCAUAGCUAACGCAGCCGCCACCGUCACGGCCACCCAGCUCAAACAAGCGGUGACCAUGGGACAAGAUUUAGCGACGUACGCAGCCUACGAAGCCUACCCGGCCUUCGCGGUCGCUGCGCGCAGCGAUGGCUAUGGAGCAUUUUAA